AUGACUAGAAGUACAAUUAAUACAGAUGAAAGUUAUAUAGCAUAUCUUACAGAACAACAAAUCAGUGAAUUAUACCAACCACCUACAGACCAUCAAUAUACUCCGCACUUCUAUACAACUCGAACAGGUUUAGAAUGUCGCCGUUAUUUUUGUGAGGUUUGUGGUCCACUUGCUAAAUCUAAUUUAAAAACUGGUUCACUGAAUGCUAAAUAUACUGGAGCACUACAACGUCAAUUAGAUUGGAUUGCAGGUACUACACUACCAGAUGCUUUAACACGAUCACAUGAAGCAAUGAUGUACUAUAGUGAUCAUAAACAUUGA